AUGCUUCGCCGACCAAAGUAUAUGCCAUCUUCCGUCAUGUCCAGAACCACAGCAACACACCCAAAGCUUCGCUGCAAACCUGCAAAGGACUCAAUACACCUUGGAACCGAAAACCCGAACAUUAUCGAGCCCGACACACCCGCGGGACCCGCUCGAGGUGCCUGCAACAGCCAUCGCUCAUACAACAACGGUCUCAUCAACCCGAAGCGCGGUCACAUCGCACGUCGGAGAGUUGAUACCCCUGAUAAUGCUUUCUGGACCAAACUUGUUGUGAGCCUGCGAAAGACCGAGGGAUCUCGCACCUGUCAACGCGAGCCCAGACCAGCCCAUCCAUAUCUACGACCAGCGUCACACCAACUCAAGUGCUUAUCACAAGUUGCUUUCCGCAACUGCUCGCGCUUCAUGGCCUUACGCCUCUGCCUUUCCAGCUCCACAAGGCUGAUGGCAACACAUGCCUGGAACUGCAAUGCUGGUGCGACUGCCAGACCUGCCCUUUACUAA